CUGAUUGCUUGAGUACCGAGCUAUAUUAAAGAGAGGGAGGAACUCGCUUAUUUACAGCACUGAGGGUAACCGCGAGCCUUUUAUACGGAAGGGUCGCUGUCAUGGCACGUGCAUAGAGUAAAUGUGACAUGGGGUCGCUGGCGCUGGCAUGCUCGGCGCUAGUGGCAGCAGCAGCAUUCGCUGUUCCGAACAAGGGAACUUAUGUGGAAGCUUCGAAAACUGCUUGGAAAGCCGUUGGGGGCGCAGGUGAACCUCGGAAUAUGACUGCUUAUGAGGAUGACUACGACAAGAAACAGGAGUUCAACCUUGACAUUUAUGACGAAGAUAAACGCAACGCACGGUCCAAGCAACGUGCGCCUCUGGUGUGCUUCGUGCGGUACGACGGCUUCAUGAAGUCAGGCGUGAUGCGCUUCGCUGUCAACGGCAUUCCCGUCAAGAAGUGCACUCACGUCGUCUACUCAUACCUGGAGACGGACAACAGGACCGGAGAGUUCUUGUAUCCCACAAGGGGCCCGCUUUCUCAGACAGAUAUAGAGAAAGAUGUGGCCCUACUAAAGAGACAUCAGCCAAAGCUUAAGGUUCUCUACAGCUACGGUGGUGGAGCACACACAAUGAGCAUGCUCAACCGACUGCGCACGAAAAAGGACGAGGAAAAGUUGUUCAAGACAAUCGAUUCACUGGUGAAGCCACUAAAAUUUGACGGCGUCAACUUGCACUUGGAAGGGCCGGGACCCUCAAUAUGCAACAAAAAGAGCUUCGACAAGAUUCUCAGUUUUAUCAAGAAAGUCCGGUUCAAGAUUAUGCACAUGGAUGACCUUUUAACAAUCCAGCUUCCCGCCUGCCGCCCCAAAUGUGACGCUAUAGUAAAACGUAAACUGGCAAGGUAUGUCGACUAUAUCUUCCUGAUGACUUUCGAUUAUAAGCUGGAUGAUCUUUCGGAAACAAAGCUUACCAGUGGACUCAAAUCAGUCGAAGGGGAACGCUUGAGCAACAUUGGCACCGUGGCUUGCCUGAAACAAUGGGUCGAUGCUUCGGUCCCCAAAUACAAGCUGGUGCCAGGUAUUGCCACGUACAGCCGUACGUUCACGCUCGACGAUCCGUACAGCCACGACAUCGGAGCCAAGCUCGCGGAAGACCAUCCCCUGGGUUACGGUGCAAACUUCACUAAGGACAGACGGUUACAUGAACUACGUGGAGGCCUGCCGACGCUUGAAAUACUACCAGUGGGAGCGAAAAUGGGUGCACACGGCAGGAAUGGCCUACUUGCACUACGAGGACCAGUGGAUCAGCUACGAAGACGAGGAAAAGCGCUGCAGCGAAGGCCAGGUGGUUCCGGUCUCAAGGAAUGGGCGGCGUAUUUGUGUGGUCGCUGGACGCGGACGACUACUCGGGCGACUGUGUGGGUGAGCUCUUCCCCAUUGUGGACAGCGUGUGGAAAGCGUUCAAGGGAUACCGUCCCGUCACCACCCAACGCCACGCAGUGAACAGGGGAAAGCAAUUCAUGGAGGCUGCGGACCAGGUUGGCGGGCACGUGACGGCGCCCGUAGCGUGCUUCAUGCGUGGCGAGGCGUUCGAACGACGGGGCAUUCGGCGCUUCAGCCUGAAUACCCUUCCGCUGAAGAUGUGCACGCACCUCAUAUACUCCUACGUGGAGACAGACAACGACACGGGAGACUUCAUCUUCCGCCAGAGGGGCUCGACGGGA